AUGGAUUUGAUUGAGUUGAGAAAAGCUGUGGAAGAAGUUGAAGUUGUGAAUGAGUUAGAGAUAGAUGUUUCAUUUGUUCGCAUAUUAUGGGUUGAUAAUUCAGGACAACAUAGAUGUCGUGCAAUUCCUAGAAAACGUUUCUAUGAUGUUGUUACAAAGAAUGGUGUUGGUUUAGCAUUUGCGGUUAUGGGAAUGACUUCUUUUCGUGACGUGCCUGCAGCUGGGUCGGGUUUAGGGACAGUUGGCGAAGCAAGAUUAAGUCCUGAUUUGUCUACUAUAAGGACUAUUCCUUGGAACAAGCAAGAUGAAAUAGUUUUAGGUGAUCUCAAUGUUCAACCUGGCCAAGCAUGGGAAUAUUGCCCAAGAGAAGCUUUAAGAAGAGCUUCCAAAAUUUUGAAAGAUGAAUUUGACUUGGUAAUGAAUGCAGGGUUUGAGAAUGAGUUUUUUCUAUUGAAGAGCAUAAUAAGGGAAGGAAAAGAAGAAUGGAUACAAUUUGACUCAACUCCUUAUUGCUCCUCGUCAGCAUUUGAUGCUGCUUCUCCGAUACUUCGUGAAAUUACUUCUGCUUUACAUUCCAUGGGAAUUCCAGUAGAACAGUUACAUGCAGAAGCUGGAAAGGGUCAAUUUGAACUGGUUUUAGGACAUACCAUUUGUGCUAAAGCUGCAGACAACUUAGUUUACACCCGCGAAACCGUUAGAUCUAUUGCUAGAAAACAUGGUUUGCUUGCAACUUUUAUUCCAAAGUACUCAUUAGAUGAUUUGGGUUCUGGAUGCCAUGUCCAUCUAAGUUUAUGGCAGAAUGGCCAAAAUGUAUUUAUGGCAUCUGAUGAAUCAUCAAAGUAUGGAAUAUCCACUUUGGGAAAAGAAUUUAUGGCUGGAGUUCUUCAUCAUCUCCCUUCAAUUUUGCCAUUUGUAGCACCACUUCCUAUCAGUUAUGAUCGGUUGCAACCGAACACAUGGAGCGGUGCAUACUUGUUUUGGGGGAAUGAAAAUAAGGAUGCUCCGUUGCGAGCUUCAUCUCCGCCUGGAACUCCCGGUGGUUUCGCGAGUAACUUUGAAUUUAAAUCAUUUGAUGGUUCUGCAAAUCCAUAUUUAGGCUUAACUGCUAUAAUUGCUGCUGGCAUUGAUGGUCUUCGUCGACAUCUUUCUCUUCCUGAACCUGUUGAUACAGAUCUUAAUCCAAAAAACUUUCAAAGAUUGCCAAAAUCACUUUCUGAAUCUUUGGAAGCUCUUCAUAAGGCUGAGUUUCUUGACGAAUUUAUUGGUGAUAAGUUGCUCAUUGCCAUAAAAGCAAUUCGAAAGGCUGAAAUUGAUCAUUACUUGGAGAACAAGGAAACAUACAAGCAACUCAUACAUCGUUAUUGA